UAAGCUGAAUUAGUUCGUAUCUCACCUCUGUGUGUAGGACUAGGAGACAUAUGCUGCACAAUUACACACAAAAUACACUGUUGUUUUCUUUGGUUAUGUAAAAUAUGUGAUAGGAAAAAAAUUGCGAAGGAAAGUGGAUUUGCCUGGAGUUACUUCGCAGCUUGAAUAUGCUGUUAACACAAGGUUGAAAGAAGAGCAGGAUAGUGGUCUCGUAAACAGUACUACUACAGUAUAUUAUUUAGUGCCCGAGUUUGAAAGUAUUUCUGUUAUACAAAUGGAGUUUUGGUUGUAAAGUGUUUUUAAGAGAUGCAGUAUAGACUGUUGUAGCAUCCGGCAUACAUAUUUUUUAUUUGUUUCUUUCUGUACAAUAUGAGAUCUAAUAAUUAUAAUAAUCAAAUACAAUUGUGUCAAAUCAUCCAUUUAUAUUUAUAUUUACAGUACUUGAUUUUCUCAUCCCAUGCUGGACCCCACCUGAACCCAUACUUUCCAAUGGGCAGGAUAGAGUGAAAGUGAAAUGCUUAUGGUGUGCUAUUAUUAAUGCGUCACUUGUAACUCAUUAAGUGGAUUUGUAGCAUUCUGGCAAGAUAAACUAGCUUCACAUGUACAGUAUAUCCAACUCAUUACAAAAUCGGGAAGAGAUUAUCAGCCAAACAACAAGGGACUUUUGUGAAUGUGGUUAAAGAAUGGCAUCAUUUGGCUGGAAGAGGAAAGCUGGUGACAAGGUGUCAAAGGUGGCUGCUCAGCGAUUUGAAGCUGAAGCUACUGAAGAAGCUGAAGUUGAUGGCAAUGAGGUUGACUGGCUCCACGUCAUAAAGCGCCGCAAGGAAGUUCUGCUCGAAGACUGUGCUGCCAAGAGCAAACGGCUAAAGGACGAGGGAGCAAUUCUGGCAGGAAAUGGAAGACACUGGGAAGCAAUCGGAAGGUGGGAUGAUGCUAUCCAGUUAACCCCAGAGGAUGCUACUCUGUAUGAGAUGAAAUCACAGGUGCUGACAGUCCUGCAGGAAGUCUUCCCAGCAGUCCAGGCUGCGGAGAUGGCAGUGCGACUGAACCCCCGCUGGUGGGAGGCUUGGCAGACAUUGGGAAGGGCACAGCUUAACCUUGGAGAGGUUGCAUUGGCGGUAAAAAGUUUCCAGACAGCCAUCCACAUCUGCCCAGCAGAGUGCUCCCUGUGGGAGGAGGACCUGUCUUGGGCCCUGAAGCUCCGAGAGCGGCAGAGAGCUGCUGAAGAGGCAGCCAGGCUGGAGGAAGAAGCUGAAAAGCAGCUGCUUGCCGCUUCCGAGCUGAUCCCUGACUAUGACUUUGAAAGUGACGAGGUUGUGGCAGCCUGCGUUGCCAUAGCAGAGAGGCAAAAGCAAGCUGAAAAAAACAAGAAAACUGCCGUCAUCAUGACUGCGUCCAGCUCUGUAGAGACUGUCAGUGAGAAUAAAGACAGCAAGACAACACCUGCUGACCAACAGUUUGUCAAAGCACGAUUGCUGGACCAUUAAUCACCAGGUCACGGAGGACUUGCUAACCAGGACUACAAAAUAUUGUUGUCUCUUAAUAUAAGCAAUAGAUCCACAACAGGGACAUUCUAGCAUCAGAAAGCUCUCUCUGUUUUAUCUGUGUGAUGGUUAUCUAUUUAGGGACAAAGAGACAGAUUUAGCUAAAGCAAUUUGCAGUUUUUUUUAAUGUUACAAAACUAGUAACUAUCAACAUAGACACACUUUUUAGUUGUUUGGAGUAGUUUGGUUCUUUGCAGUAGUUUGGUAGUUGUACAUUUUUUUGUUUCUAUCAACAAAAAUUUUACAAAUUGCAUUUUGAUGUAAAGAUCUUGAUAUAAACCCGAGCCAAGCCAAAAUGUUUUGUCUGGAUUAAUCAUCAACAGUUGUCAGUUGCCCCCCCCCCAUGUGUUCCUGAAAAUUGACAGCUUGUGUAUGUGUUUUGACAGAAGAAUGUGCCUGUCUCUUCCCACGGUUUUGGGCACCUUUAACUCAGCAGUUUGGAGCGCCUGUUUUUGGCAUUGGAAAAGCAGUUUAUCCUCAGAUCUUUUGGCCUGUGAAAAACAUGACCACAAGGACCAAUAGAACUUGGCAGUGGAGUGGAGUCAGGGGAUUGAAUGGAGUUUCUGUUCCCAUUUAAGAUCUUAAUAUCUCAAUAUGCAAUGUGAUUCGAAAAAUAAACACAGUCCAGAUCACUGAG